AUGGAGCAAACCGCAUAUGCCAUGGAAGAGGACGCGCCUCCUUCUCCUGAAGACGAUCUACGCGUUUUGGUGUACAAAGAAAAAGUCCCUACCCCCGAAACUGGAUAUCAAAACAAGCUGCGUGUGCUCUAUUCCAAAACAAACAGCACCGAGAUGGCUACAUCGAUUCCUACGCGCCCACUGCCUUCUUCUCCCGAGAAAACACUGAACGCUCCCGAUCUUCGAAACGACUACUAUCUAAACCUUCUGGAUUGGGGAGCGAACAACAUUCUCGCUGUUGCACUCGAAGACAAAGUCUAUCUCUGGAAUCCCUCCACCGGUAAUGUCGACCAGUUUUCUCCCUGCAAGAACGGCGAAUAUAUCUGCUCUCUGUCUUGGCUGAAAGACGGAGGGAAUUAUCUGGCCGUCGGAACAAGCUCGAACGACGUGCAGCUCUGGGAUUGCGCCCAGCAGAAGAAAACGCGCACGAUGGGCGGCCAUAAGGCCAGAGUGGGCGCACUCGCUUGGAAUCACUAUCUCCUCACCUCUGGAGGCCGCGAUGCCCUCGUCAUUAAUCAUGAUGUCCGCAUCGCGAACCACGUCACCACAAUCUACCACGGACAUGACCAGGAGGUGUGUGGUCUAGCGUGGUCCCUGGACGGGAAGUAUCUCGCUUCCGGGGGAAAUGACAAUCGAGUUUGUUUGUUUGAUAGUCAAGUUGCAGGGGACGUCGAAGCGUUCAAUAUCCUCACCGAUCACACGGUCGCUGUGCGUGCACUGGCGUGGUGCCCCUACCAGAGCAAUAUCUUAGCCACUGGAGGAGGAACGGCCGAUCGAUGCAUCAAGUUGUGGAAUGCGUCUUCCGGGACGUUGCUGAAUAGUAUCGACACGGGGUCGCAAGUGUGCUCAUUGCGGUGGAAUCCGCACGAAAAAGAACUGCUUUCUUCUCAUGGAUAUGCAAAGAAUCAGCUUUGUCUGUGGAAGUAUCCCAGUAUGACGCUGAUCAAGGAGUUCUUUGGACACGAAAAUCGAAUUCUGCAUCUGGCAGUAUCGCCAGAUGGCACUGUUGUAUGCUCGGCAGGAGCUGAUGAACGCAUGACAUUCUGGAGGAUCUUUGGAACGAGCUAUUCUGACAAGAAGAGUGGUGUCCCAUCGAAUUCUGCAUCGAUGCCGUCUUUUAACCGUAUACGAUAA